CAAUCGUCAUUGAUUUGGUGCAAGCAGAACAUGGCGCUAUGGUAACAUAGUUUACAUUUAAAAAAAUCGUAGUUUUUGCAUGAAAUUAGGAAAAAAUUGUAUCAAAAACUGCACUAAUCAUGAGUGAGGUAUGCUGCAGGUGCAAUCUACCGAAAGAGCCACCGAAAAGCACUCCGUCAGGGUCAGCAUCAUUUCGCUACAUUUGCCGCCUUUGCUUGAUGCGAGCGGAAGACACGGAACCGAUUUUCAUUCAUCCUGGAGACAGUUCUUUGGCCGAUAAAAUCUUCGCUUGCACUGGUGUUCAGGUUGACGAGAAUGCUGGUGUUGGUCCCACUUCUAUCUGCUUGCAUUGUAAAACAUCCGUAUACAAAAGUUACCAAUUUUUGGAACUAUGCCAACGAAACAACAAAAUUAUCCAAAACUUAUUGGCAACUCAAGAGAAGCCUCCUGAUCAAAAUUUAGCGUCUACCGGCAGCGAACUCCGGAUGGUAAUACGCACAGGAGUCGGCUGUCAAAUAUCGCCAGUGUCCAGCAAGCGCGUGAAUCCGCGUAGAAAGUCAACGCAAAGUCGAUUGGAGGAGUCCACCAGUGCGAGCGAAGUUUCCUGGAGUGACAACGACGAUGACAAAGAUGAGCAAAGUGACGACGAUGCUGAGGUUCCGGUUCGACAAUUGGCGUAUGAGACGGACACCCAAGAAGAUCCUCCUGCAGCGAAACGACGUAUGAUAAGUUCCCCCCAAGUGAACCGAGUUCCUUCGUUAGUGAUACCUCGAGCUCGCCUGAAUGGAGCAAACCAACGGUCGAGCCGUUCAAGUGAGAGCUCACUUAGUCACGCAUCUUUUGGUUCUCCUACGUUAGAACCACUAAAGCAUGACGAUUUGUUCCAAUGCGAGUUCUGUGAUCACUCUUUCCCAUACCAACUACAAUUCCAGCAGCACGUGUCCUUAUGUCACGCCGAUAAAAGUAAUGAAUUAUCUUGUAGAUUCUGUUCCAAGACAUUUUAUACGCUCACUGAUCUCAACAAGCAUAAUAAUGAAAAGCAUGCCGCAGCCAAGAUAAUCGAAUGCAAGUUAUGCAAUCGUUACUUCACCUCCCCGGUAGGUCUGCACCAACACUACCGAUCUAUUAUGCACCGCGCAGCCACUGGGGAAGCGGUUUUCCCCAGGCGGCGAAAUUCCUGCGUGAGUUAUGGCUAUGUUAGCCCCGCCCGUAGAAACUCGAUAAGUUCCGAUUAUGGAAGUGGAAACUCGUACAGACAAAACUCCCGUAACACUUCUGCGGACGAUUUCAAUCCUUACGAUGGAUCGUAUUAUGACGAAAUAGUCACCUAUAAGUGUGAUUAUUGUGACCGAACCUUCGAUGACCGGGAGACUCUCGGGAAGCACAUCGACGUCCGACCUUGCCAGGUGGUGCUGGAACCGCUCGACUUAGACCUACUGUUAGAGAGAAUGGAUCUCGAUGAGCUGUUGAUGCCGUUGAACGACGUACCACCUGACGAUGUCACAAUUAUUGAACCUCCGAUCGAAAUUGUAGACCUUACCUAGCAUCCCGCCAUCUGGAGCAGGUUCGUGCCGGUGGAUAAAAUGAUAAAGAUUUGUGCUAGCAAAAAGAAGAAGUGUUUGAUGUUCAAAUACAUACCCCUAAGAAGAGAUACGUGUUGAUAAAUUUAAAAAAAAAACUGACGCAUGACUGUAAGCGAUUUUUGGAAGACUUGUAAAUUUUAUCACAAUUUCUACGGUAGAUGUUAGUAAACAUGUUUACUGUAGUAGAUUCUUUGUAUAUUACUCUUGAGGGCCUAAACUUAAUGCAGAGCUAGAUGAAUCAAUGCAAAAUAUCUUAUUGAUUGGCAGGAACCAGUUAGUCGAAUUUAAAAAAAAAUGCAAAACAUGAAAGAUUCAACUAUUUUUAGUUACUAAAAUUGAUUGUUAUUUUGAAAAUCAGCACAAAAUUGAUGUAUAUUAUAGUUUACGAUAUAUGACAAAGAUAAUAGUCAAUGGAGUUCUAUAUAAAUACCAAAUCAAAACAUUCAGAUGCAAUUUUUUAUACUAUAAGUAUAUUGUUUAAGCUUAAUUUCAAUUUGUUUUCAUACGUCUUAACGUACACAACACUUAAUAUAUUUUAGCAUCUUAGCCAAAUUAUAUAAUGCUGUAAAAUGGAAAGUCGUUUACUUUGAAACCCCUUCCAGAAAGGUACCAUCAACGGGGGUGAGAAUAAUUUGUUGUUUCAACAAUGCAGGUUGUCUGUAAAAUAGAUUUAAUAUAUCUGAGAGUCAGAAAAUAAAACUAAAAGAAAGAGACAUUUUAUGGGAUUUUGAAAUCUUACUUCCAGAUAUGGUAUGUGAAAGACAUAGCCCAAUCUCCACCCUUAGUUCCAUUUUCACCCCCGAAAACGAUAACAAAUUUGUGGCGAGGUGCAUCAAAAGAUCUUCCUUUCAUAGCGUUACGAUAUUAGCUAAAGAUGCAUAUUUAAAAUAGAUUAAAUAAAUGUGCUUAACAGAUGGAACUAUA